AAUCGAUGUGACAUACUGCUGGCCACUUGCCUAUGGCUGAUAGGAUUUAGGAAAACAACGUUUUGCUUUAGUUCUCGUAAUGGCGAACGUUAUACCGAAAACUCACGAAGACAUUGAGGCGCAGAUUCGUGAGAUCCAGUCACGAAAAGCUUUGGCUGCUGCCGAAGAGAAAAAGAAUGACCCGGAUAAACCAGGAGUCGGCCUGGGAGAAAGCGGGUUCUACGAUAGGGAUAUUUACGGAGGGGGGAAAUUUGAGGGCUAUGUCACUUCUAUCGCCGCAAAUGACGAAGUCGAUGACGAUGAAUUUGAGCCUGUCUCAUUUAGCAAUCAAAACAAAAGAGCUGGCUACACGGCACCUGCUGCAUUGCUCAAUGAUGUUGCUCAGAGCGAAAAGGAUUACGAUCCUUUUGCUGACAGGCGUCGGCCCACGAUCGCGGAGAAAGAGGACGAAUACAGGCAGAUGAGAAGGAGGAUGAUUAUCUCCCCGGAAAGAGUCGAUCCGUUUGCAGAAGGAGGAAAAACACCAGAUGUGGGCUCAAGAACGUUCACAGAGAUUAUGAAAGAGCAGAUGCUCAGGGGAGAAGAAAAUGAGAUAAGAAAAAAGUUGGCUGAAAAAGCUAAAGAUGGAACCCUCAAAAUCCAAUCCAAUGGCGAGACUGUCAAAGCCAAGAAAAGAGGCCGUUGGGAUCAGACAGUUGAUUCGGAUGCGUCAGCCGCCAAGAAAAAAGCCUCUGAAGCAACAUGGGAUAAAGAUGAGCAGGCCACACCAGCUCAGGCCCGUUGGGAUGAAACUCCCGGGCAUGCCAAGGGUUCAGAGACUCCCGGUGCUACACCAAGCACAAGAAUUUGGGAUGCAACACCAGGUCAUGCUACUCCUGGUCAUGCCACACCAGGCAGGGAAACGCCAGCGCAAAGUACAUCCCGUAGAAAUAGAUGGGACGAGACCCCUAAAACUGAAAGAGAAACUCCUGGACACAGUGGGUGGGCUGAAACUCCAAGGACUGAUCGUACAGGUGCUGACUUAAUUCAAGAUACACCAACACCAUCAGCAAGCAAAAGAAGGUCUCGUUGGGAUGAAACUCCCUCAGCUACUCCCGCAGGUGCGAUGACGCCUUCAACACCGGCAGUUGUCACAACACCUAUGAUGGGUGCACCAACUGCCACCCCUACUGGAACAAAGGCGAUGGCGAUGGCUACUCCUACUCCAGGGCAUCUUAUGACAAUGACACCAGAGCAGCUUCAAGCAUAUAGGUGGGAGAGGGAGAUAGAUGAGAGAAACAGACCUCUCACCGAUGAAGAGCUGGAAUCGAUGUUCCCACCUGGAUACAAAGUCUUGAAUCCGCCCGCAGGCUACAUCCCAAUCAGGACUCCCGCUCGUAGGCUAACAGCAACACCAACACCCAUCGCAAACACACCACAAGGUUUUUUCAUGCAGCAGGAGGAUAAAAGUGCAAAAUACGUUGACAACCAACCCAAAGGGAACCUACCUUUUCUCAAACCAGAGGACGCCCAGUACUUCGACAAAUUAUUGGUUGACGUUGACGAAGAAACCCUCUCUCCGGAGGAGCAGAAAGAAAGGAAGAUUAUGCGACUUCUUUUAAAAAUUAAGAAUGGCACUCCACCCAUGCGUAAAGCUGCAUUAAGACAAAUUACAGACAAGGCUAGAGAAUUUGGCGCAGGGCCGCUGUUCAAUCAGAUCUUACCUCUUCUAAUGUCGCCCACACUUGAAGAUCAAGAAAGACAUUUACUUGUUAAAGUUAUCGACAGAAUUUUGUAUAAACUUGAUGAUCUUGUCCGACCUUACGUCCACAAGAUUCUUGUUGUCAUUGAACCGCUGCUUAUUGAUGAAGACUACUAUGCUCGUGUUGAAGGCAGAGAAAUCAUUUCUAAUUUAGCUAAAGCAGCUGGUUUAGCCACUAUGAUUUCAACAAUGAGACCUGAUAUCGAUAAUAUUGAUGAAUACGUACGUAAUACGACUGCAAGAGCUUUUGCUGUUGUAGCAUCUGCUUUGGGUAUUCCUUCACUUCUGCCAUUCUUGAAAGCCGUUUGCAGAAGUAAAAAAUCAUGGCAAGCUAGGCAUACAGGAAUAAAAAUUGUCCAGCAAAUUGCAAUCUUGAUGGGUUGUGCGAUUCUCCCCCAUUUAAAAAGUUUAGUCGAAAUCAUUGAACAUGGCCUGGUUGAUGAACAGCAAAAAGUCAGGACUAUCACUGCUCUUGCAAUGGCUGCCCUUGCUGAAGCUGCAACUCCAUACGGUAUUGAAAGUUUUGAUUCCGUACUCAAACCAUUGUGGAAAGGUAUCAGGACACACAGAGGAAAGGGUUUGGCUGCAUUUUUAAAAGCUAUCGGUUACCUCAUCCCUCUUAUGGAUGCAGAAUAUGCAAAUUAUUAUACAAGGGAAGUGAUGGUUAUUCUCAUAAGAGAGUUUCAAUCUCCAGAUGAAGAAAUGAAGAAAAUAGUACUAAAGGUGGUCAAACAAUGUUGCGGUACAGAUGGUGUGGAAGCUCAAUACAUCAAAGAAGAAAUCCUUCCUCACUUCUUCAAACAUUUUUGGAAUCACAGGAUGGCCCUUGACAGAAGGAACUACCGUCAGCUUGUCGAUACCACGGUUGAGAUUGCUAACAAAGUCGGAGCCAGUGAGAUAAUUAACAGGGUCGUCGAUGAUCUUAAAGACGAGAACGAACAAUACAGAAAAAUGGUUAUGGAAAGUAUUGAAAAGACGAUGGGCAACCUUGGUGCUGCCGAUAUCGACAGUAGACUUGAAGAACAGCUUAUAGAUGGAAUCCUGUAUGCAUUCCAGGAACAGACUACAGAAGAUGUGGUCAUGUUAAAUGGAUUCGGUACAAUUAUAAAUCAAUUGGGUAAAAGGGUAAAACCUUACUUGCCACAAAUAUGCGGUACCAUUCUCUGGAGAUUGAAUAACAAAUCAGCCAAAGUCAGACAGCAAGCUGCUGAUUUAAUAUCAAGAAUAGCAGUUGUAAUGAAAACAUGUCAAGAGGAAAAACUCAUGGGCCAUUUGGGUGUUGUUUUGUACGAAUAUUUGGGUGAGGAGUACCCAGAGGUACUUGGAAGCAUCUUGGGAGCAUUGAAGGCCAUCGUCAAUGUAAUCGGUAUGACCAAAAUGACACCUCCAAUUAAAGAUCUCCUGCCUCGUCUUACGCCAAUUUUGAAAAAUCGUCAUGAAAAGGUGCAAGAAAAUUGUAUCGACCUUGUUGGAAGAAUUGCCGACCGUGGACCUGAGUAUGUCUCAGCUCGUGAAUGGAUGAGAAUUUGUUUUGAACUUCUUGAACUUCUCAAAGCUCACAAAAAAGCAAUCAGGAGAGCUACUGUUAACACAUUCGGUUAUAUUGCAAAAGCUAUAGGGCCACAUGAUGUUCUUGCCACAUUACUCAACAAUCUGAAAGUACAGGAAAGGCAAAACAGAGUUUGUACCACAGUUGCAAUAGCAAUUGUAGCCGAGACGUGUUCUCCAUUCACAGUCCUUCCCGCUUUAAUGAAUGAAUAUAGGGUUCCAGAAUUAAACGUUCAAAAUGGCGUCCUGAAAUCAUUGUCAUUCUUGUUUGAAUACAUUGGAGAAAUGGGAAAAGAUUACAUUUAUGCCGUCACCCCUCUUCUUGAGGACGCUCUGAUGGAUAGAGAUUUAGUUCAUAGGCAGACUGCCUGUGCUGCUAUAAAACACAUGGCGUUGGGCGUCUACGGGUUCGGUUGCGAAGAUGCGCUUAUCCACCUCCUCAAUCAUGUGUGGCCUAACAUUUUUGAAACUUCACCCCAUUUGGUCCAAGCUUUUAUGGACUCGGUCGAAGGCCUUAGAGUGGCGUUGGGUCCCAUUAAAAUCCUCCAAUAUGCUCUACAGGGUUUAUUCCAUCCAGCAAGAAAAGUUCGUGAUGUGUACUGGAAAAUAUACAACUCCUUGUACAUUGGUGGUCAAGAUGCGUUGGUAGCCGGGUAUCCUAGGAUACACAAUGAUCCCAAAAACCAAUACAUAAGAUACGAAUUAGAUUACAUCCUUUAAGAAAAUCAUAAUUCUAUAUAUAAUAAACAAACUAAUUUAUUUUAAUGAUAUAUUUCUUUUAGAACAGAUAUUUCAUUACUCCUCAAAAAAAAAGUUCUUUAAAUGAAAAUAAAUACUGUCAGUGUAA